GAAUGAAAUCUGGUCACACUGUUGGUUGUCAAAUUUCUUUACGUUUGUAGUUGCGUGAUUUUCAUUCAUUGAUUGAAUGUUAAAAUGUGUUUUUCCCGUACUAACUGUUUAUUGUAGUUAUUUAAAAUUAAAAAGAAUUAAUAAACAAUCUUUUUAAGUUUUAUUAACUUAAAUAUCUGGGCACAACUAAAUACGAAUUGAAAUUCGUAAUCGGGUGUUAUUAUUGAAAACUUGUUCGGAGUUGUUAUACCGCAGGUCCCAAUAUGUUAUCAGAUGAAUCAAGCAGUGAUUCAGAAACAGGCAGAUUCAAAUGUCAAUCCAAAAGUAAAAAUCAAAAAACAAAUGAAAAUGAAAUCAAAAAAGACAGUUUAUAUGGUAGGUCUUCAGGAAGAUUUAGGAGAACAGAGAGAGAUGAAAGGUUUUACAGAGAUAUGGAAAGAAAGAGAGACGAUAGAGAAAGAUUUGAAAGGCGCUCUAGAGAAAGACAUAGAUAUUCUAGGUAUUCUCCAGUGAGGAGAAGGCAUUCUGGCGAUAGGAGUAGAAAUAGACGAACUCCAGAUAGGCACAGAGAAAGACACACAAUUGACUCUAGAGACAAGUCAAAACAAAGAGAUAUUCGAAGUAAUAGUAGAGACAAAAGUAGGCGUUCAAGAUCUAGGUCUUAUAAAUCUCCAGCUAAAGUAAGAAAUAUCAAAGAUGAAAUUAAAUUUAUAAUAACUGGAAAAGAAAAAAACUCUGAUAAAGUUGAUGUGAAAUCGAAAACUGAAAAAUCAGUAUCUCCUGAAAUAGUAAAAAAGUCAGCAGUUCAUAAACCUGCAAUUUCAGAAACUAAAAAGAAAAUAAGUGAUAGCCCUAUCUUGAUUGAAGAAAAUGAAGGCAGUGAUGCAUCAGAUGUAGUACAACCUGGUUCUUAUUACAAUAUGAUACCUGCGAUUGUAAAAGAAAAAUCUGAAGAGUCUAGUGAAAUUGAUUCAUCUGAUGAUGAGAAACUUCGAGCAAAGUUAUUAAAUUUAGAAAAGGAGUUGCAGAAAACAAAAAAGAAAAAACAUAAGAAGAAACAUAAACGAAAAAGUUCAAAGGCUGAUAAAGAGAAGCAGGAGUCUUCUACAUCGGUGGAAGUAAGCAGUACCACAGACAUACAGGAAGUUAAAACUGAUGAAUCUAAUAAAAUACCUGAAGCUGAGGUAACCUCUACUCAAAAAAUGAAUACAAAGGAGAGUAGUGAAGAAGGCGAAAUAUUAAGUGAUGACAAUUCUCAGUCAGAUUUCGAAAUUGAUCCUACUGAUCUACGACAUAAAUUAAAACGAUCAAAAAUUGAAAAAAAAGAUAAUAAACAGAAUCUAGACGUAUGCGGACCAGCACUACCUCCACACUUAGAAAAGCGUUUUCGAAAGAGCUUGUCGCCAGCCCCUGAAGGACCUUCUCUACCUCCUCAGCUACAAAACAAAUCUCGAAAUAUAGGACCGUCUAUACCAGAAAAUAUGCGUAAAGUUUUAGCAGAAAGUAGUGAAGCUGACCGAGAAGUUCUAAAAUACGAAAGUUCAGAUGACGACGGUAUUGGACCACUGCCCGUUGGUGCCAAGGAUAAAUUGUCGGAAGCUCAUCAACGUCUCGAAGAGAGAGCUAUGGAAAUGAAAAUAAAAACCCUAGAUGGGCAUUCACUACAGAACUCAAAUAUUAAAUCACGAGAGCAAUGGAUGUUAGAGCUACCAGAAGGCAAAGCUAAAUAUUUGGGCUUAGAAGCUCGUUCUUUUAGAGCAAAAGCAGGUCCUGAUAUGUCAGACAGGUCAAGUUGGACUGAUACUCCCGAAGACAAAGCUCGAAAAGCUUUAGGAAUAGCGAAAGAAGAAGACUCCAACACAACUUUACAAAAAGAAGCAAGGAUCAGACAAAUUGAAAGCCGAGAUGAGGAACAGGAAAAGCUUGUUAAAAAACACAAAAAGAAACAUAAAAGAGAGGAGAGUUUACUAGAGAUGCACCAAAAGAAAUUAAAAAAGAAAAAAAAGAAGGAAGAAAAAGAUGAAGAAAAAAAAGAACGCCGCCCCUUCAGCCGUGAAGUUGAUUUGGCGGUUAAUCGCUUUGACGAAGCACAGAAAAAGUCUAUAAUCAAAAAAGCACAAGGUUUAAAUUCGAGAUUUUCGAGUGGCGAGGCAAAAUAUUUGUAAUAUUUUUAAAUACCACACAACUUGUAUGUUACUAGUUCUUAUAUAAUAUAUGCGUUCAAUGUUCAUUAAAUUAAAGGCUGAGAAUAAAGUAUGUGCCGUGAUUAAUAUAACGUAAAUGAUAUAACAUAAUUAUCUUACUCAUUUAUUCGCCAUCCUGCUUCUGCGCAUGACAAAGAAUACCGAAAAUAUUAACAAUAUAGAAACUAUAUAACACUUGAAGCGUCGGCGAAAAAUAGAAUCUUUAAAGAUCCUUUUUUUACAAAUUUGUUGUAGUAACUAAACGUUACUAUUUUAAACUGUUUUAAAUAAUCUUUAGUAACCGCAUAAAAUUGCCGAAUUAUUAAUUAGUUCGAUGCUUACGUCAGAAUGUCAAAUGGAAAAAAUUAAUUAACAAUCGUAUUUUAUCAAGGCAUUACU